GUGAGUCAUAAAAUGGAUCCAAAUGAACUAGUCAAGCUUAUUGACAUUCUUAACCCUCAAAAUAGACCAGGAAGGAUUACAGUAAUCGCCAGGAUGGGAGCUGAUAACAUGAGAGUAAAGCUUCCCCAUCUGAUCAGGGCUAUUCGUGGAGCUGGUCAAAUUGUCACUUGGGUCAGUGAUCCUAUGCAUGGAAAUACUACUAAAGCCCCUUGUGGACUCAAAACACGUUCAUUCGACUCUAUUCGGGCUGAGGUUCGAGCAUUCUUUGAUGUACACGAUCAAGAAGGUAGCUAUCCUGGUGGUGUGCAUCUGGAGAUGACAGGUCAGAAUGUAACAGAGUGUGUUGGAGGUUCUCGGACAAUUACUUACAAUGAUCUGAGCUCGCGCUAUCAUACACAUUGUGACCCAAGACUCAAUGCUUCUCAAGCACUUGAACUUGCCUUUAUUAUUGCGGAGCGCCUCAGGAAAAGAAGACUGGGUCCUAAGUUUGGGUUUUAGAAAACCGAUCUUACUCCCCUUUCACUAGUAUUCGCAGUUUGGCCUCUGUGUGAAGAGGUAUAAGCAUAGUAUGGGAAGAUUCAAUUUUAUAGUAAUAUGACACUCAAAACAUGGAAACUCAGAAAGGCUAUUCUACAGUGUAUGUGUUAAGAUAGGACGGACCUCUUGAUGCUUAAAGAUUGUAUAUAUAUAAUAAAUAAGAUCUUCGCAAGUAAUGCGAACUGACUCUGUUUGGUUUGAUAUAUGGAGUAAUAUUUUUAGUGGCA